GGUCCCAUCGGCAUUAUUAUUUCGCGCGCUGUCAGAGUGCGCCUCGGCAUGAGCUGUCUUCGCGGGCCUUGCACCGGUUCGGCCAUACUAGAUGGUUGUCUCUUUUAAAGCUAAAGCAACAUGGCGUUAUUGCGCAUGUUCUUUAUCUUCGCUUACAUCGCUUCAUCCCUGCGCUAAGAUCGUCUUGGUGGCAUUUGUCAAUACGUGCUGUCAGUGUGCAUGUUAGCCGCAGCUAGUGCUAACAGCAGCUAGCUUGCUCGGCUGUUUGUUUGUAGCGUCUCUUAUACACCCCCCCCCUUUUCCCGUAGGCCGUAUUCGUGACAUAACUUACGUACUUCAGACAGCGUAGCCAAGCAGCGAUGGCGCAUGGGAACCGUGCGGAACGUACCGUACUUGUUUUCGGGAAUAACAAACCUGGUCCUGUUUCGUAUUCUGGAAGGUCUUUACGUCCGGAGUUGACACUUGCUGAAGAAACAUGGCGACGUGCUGUCGUAGAAGGGUGACAAGGCGCACUUGUCAGUCCCUCUUGUGGUUUUCACCUCCUCAGAAAGCGUGUCGCUGCCUCCUUGAAUACGCCAUGAACGCACAAGAGAAUUAAGUAACGGCGGAAACAGCAACAAACAUAGAGUCAAGUGAGAAGUGGAAUGGCCUGAGGGGGAUCCCCCCGGUCCCACCUGCCCCUGCCAGGUCCAAUCUGCCUACAUCGACUGCUUGGUCACUGCAAACCACCACUGUGAUGGGGGACGGACUGGAGCCAGGCAGCAGCCACAACCCUCCUUCCGCCCAGCAGCCUCUCCCUUUUAACCCUGCACCCCCUGAAACAUCUGAUUCUUCUAGACCCAAACGGCAGACCAACCAGCUCCAGUACCUGCUCAAAGUGGUGUUGAAGACAUUAUGGAAACACCAGUUCGCAUGGCCCUUUCAAGCUCCCGUAGAUGCCAUCAAACUCAAUUUACCUGACUACUAUAAAAUCAUCAAAACCCCCAUGGACAUGGGCACCAUAAAGAAGCGCCUGGAGAACCACUUCUACAAAAAUGCCCAGGAGUGUAUUCAUGACUUCAACACAAUGUUCACCAAUUGCUACAUCUACAACAAGCCCGCAGAUGAUAUCGUGUUAAUGGCCAAGGCCUUGGAGAAACUCUUUCUCCAGAAGAUCACAGAGAUGCCACAGGAGGAGACUGAGAUUGCUGUGGUCUCAAAGGGACGCCGCAGCAUAAAACGGGAGCCAGCUCUGAUCACCAUGUCCGAAUCAGGCCAGGAUUUGUUAUCGCCCUCCACCACUCCCCUGACGCGAGGCUUCUCAUCCCCUGCAACUCUCCCACAGACCCAUCACUCUCCAACCCCUCCUACUCUGGCCCAGCCCCCACGUGUGCCUCCGACACCCAUGGCUCACGCGCCUCAUCUCGGACCCCCGCACCCUCUCUCAGCAGCAGGCAUCUUGCCCCAGGGCAUGACCUCUGUCCCACCUCCGGCUGUCACACACCCAGGCCUCCAUACAGGCCAGAUACUGCAGAGCCCUGCUCUCAUCAAGCAAAGGAAGAGCCAGAAGAGAAAAGCAGACACCACCACGCCGACAGCCAACGACCAGCUCAGCGAAUCGUCGCCCGUCUCUGCGGAGACUCGACCACGCCGAGACAGCAUUCGCCCAUUAAAGCCACCCAAGCGAGACUCGUCACAGCCAGACUCCCAGCACCACCCCGGUGGUGUGCUGGAGACGGGAGGAAUGUUGACGCCCAAGCGGCAGGAUCAGUUACAUUCCUGUGCUCUCCUCGUCAAAGAGAUGCUGUCCAAGAAGCACUUUGCCUAUGCCUGGCCCUUCUACUUGCCUGUUGAUGCAAAAGCUCUUGGCCUUCAUGACUACCAUGACAUCAUCAAGCACCCCAUGGACCUCAGCACCAUCAAGAAAAAACUGGACAAUUGGCAGUACAGAGACGCUCAAGAGUUUGCAGCGGACGUGCGGUUGAUGUUCUCCAACUGUUACAAGUAUAAUCCGCCAGGCCAUGAUGUGGUUGCCAUGGCACGUAAACUACAGGAGGUCUUUGAGAUGCGUUUUGCCAAGAUGCCCGACGAGCCGGAGGAGCCAGUUCCCGUUCCCACGCCGUCAUCUGCCAUCCACCCUGCCCCUUCCACUCGGCAGUUACCGCCUCCUCCUGUUGUCUCCGAAGAUGACAGCUCCAGUUUGUCCGAAUCUGAGUCCUCUGGGGCGGACUCUGAUCAAGAGAGGCAGCAGCGACUGGCUGUGCUACAGGAACAGCUUAAGGCUGUCCACGAGCAGCUGGCCGCACUUUCUCAGCCUCAGGUCAGCAAGCCCAAGAAGAAAGAGCGCGACAAGAAGGAGAAGAAGAAGGAAAAGCACAAGAAGAAGAUGGGAGCGGAUGAGCCCACUGAGACUGCCAUGCUUCAGAUUUCCAAGAAGAGCAAAAUCAGCAAGGACCCACUCGUUGCAAAGAAGGAGAGGAAGAAGCCUGGUAAAAAAGACGGCAUCAAAAACAGUCGUCCAGCUGUGCCCCCUCAGACCGGGCCCACCCCUCUUGUCCCCUCAGCCUCUCUCGAAGUAGAAGAUGACAUGGCCAACUCAUACGCCUCCUCAGAUUUGUUUGGGGGAGCGGCUGCUGUCGGGGGCAAGCCCAUGUCGUACGAAGAGAAGCGCCAGCUAAGCCUGGACAUCAACAAGUUGCCCGGGGACAAGCUGGGCCGCGUUGUGCACAUAAUCCAAACGCGUGAGCCCUCCAUGAAGAAUUCCAACCCGGAUGAGAUCGAGAUCGACUUUGAGACGCUCAAGCCCUCCACGCUCCGAGAGCUGGAGAAGUACGUCUCCAGCUGCCUCAAAAGGAAGAAGAAGUCAUCAGUAGAAAAGCCUCUGGAAAUGACAAACAUCACAAAAUUGAAGACAGGAUCUUCAUCCUCAGGCACCAGUGACUCCUCUGAUAGUGAAGACUCUGACAAUGGGCUGGUUCCCAAGCAGCAGAAGACCCUGUCAAACAAGGACACCAAGAGGCCGCAACAGCUGUCUGUCGCCAAUGUUGGCCCCGCUGCCCCGCAGCCUCAAGUCCCCCAGACCAAAUUGCCAUUCAUCCCUCCCUCCCAUGUUCCGGUCCCGGUCUCUGUCCCCGCUCUGGAAUCAUCACAGUUGCUGAGCACCGGAUUCGACCCAUUGGCCCACUUUAUGAACCCUCACCUGACGCAGCCCAACACUGAGCCCAGUCCUGUAAUCCCCUCUUCUUGCGCCCCCCUCAACGCUGGCCUCCUCAAUGUAAACACACCUACUGGUCCGACACCCACUGAACCGCACCCGUUUUUAAACCAACAUCCCAUCAUACCCUCACCGGCCAUCCACAAUGCUCUCCCCCAGCAACCAUCAAGACCUAGCAACCACGCCGCACCACUUCCUCCUAAGAACUCUCAGCCACUCCCAUCCUCACUCCCCCCUCUGCCUGUGUCCUCACCUCAGCUUCCUCUCCCACUCCCUCUCCCGCUUCCCCAGCCAGUUCCACGCCCCCGCGUACCUUCACCACCGUCACACGGUAUCUUGGGAACCCUCUCUGCUCAACCUCCGCAAGCCCUGCUGGAGGACGACGAAGAGCCGACGCCCACCAAUGCAGAAACACCGCCCCUCAGCCAGGUUCAAACCUUCCUGCAGUCGCUCCAACCGCGGACAUCCACGCAGAGCCAGCCGCUGCACGCACAUUCGCCUGUGCACAAUGCCCCCCAUCUGGUGCCCUCAAUGCACGCGCAAACUGUGAUGUCAUCCAACCCUGCGACAUUGCAGCGGCACAGCUCGGGCCACAGUCAUGUGCAGCAUUCGUUCUCACAUGCGCUUGCCACGACGGUGCAGCAGCAGAAAGGGGCGACCCUCCAGCAGAAGCUACAGCAGCUGCAGCCCUCGCCACGCAUCAAGGCCGAGCCUUUUUCCACAGGUUGCCUUCGUGACAGCCCCUCGCCGCUGAUGAUGCACUCUCCCCUGAUGCCUCACUUCCAGACGACAGGACUACAGUCUCCCUCACAGAUCAAGAAAAAUGAUCAGCGGUCCAACUUGGUGGGGGUCAAAGAGGAGAAACUCUCCCACUCACCAGUGCUACCCCCAUCCCCAUUCAGCCCGGCUAUGCGACUCGACACACACAAACUUGACAGUAAACACAGAUUAGACGUGAAGUCAUUGGAUGGGACUCGCUCUGGUUCCCGCCUUCCUGACUCCUUGGUGCAGCCCUGCAAUCAGCAGGACACUAAAGUCAAGCAGGAGCCCAAAACGCCCGUCGGGCCCAAGAGGACACCGGACGUGAAGUUAAAGAACAUGGGGUCUUGGGCGAGUUUGGCCCAGAGGUCUCAGUCCACGACAGCGUCGGCAGUUCGCUCCUCCAGCGACAGCUUUGAGCAGUUCAGACGUGUCGCCAGGGAGAAGGAGGAGAGGGAGAGGCAGCUGAAGGCUCAGGCGGAGCAGGCCAGGAGGGAGCAGGAGAAGAUGCGCCGUGAUGACGAUGAUUCUGUGGAGCAUGCACGCCGCACACAAGAAGAUGUCCGCCGCCGCCAUGAGCAGCAGCAGCAGCAGCAACAACAACAACAACAACAACAACAACAGCAGCAACAUCAGCAGCAGCAUCAGCAGCAAUCACCAGUUGCAGCAACACCUCCGGCUUCUACCCCACCCACUCACUCCCCACAAGCUCCACCCAUUCAGCCUCCAGUCCAACCUCCAACUUCCUCAGCUGCACAGAACGCCCUUGACCAGCAGAGGGAGAUGGCUCGCCGCCGCGAGCAAGAGCGGCGCAGGAGGGAGGCGAUGGCUGACACAAUUGACAUUAACUUCCAGAGCGACCUGAUGGCCAGUUUUGAAGAAAAUCUCUUCUAAGAGCUGAUGGAAGUUCGAGAAGGACCUACACACACACAAACACACCGUGAGCUAGCAUAGAUGGCUCACAGAAACACCCAUAUAUGGACUACAAUAGUACCUGUCCCUUUUCUCACAGCUGGCUUGUGUCAUGUGACGGGUGGGGGGGGGUGGCGGGUUAUAAUGAGUGAAGCGUCUUUUCCUUGAAGCGCAGAUACGUUUUGGUGUCUGGCACAGUGUUUAUAGUCGUUGGCUCUCCACGGACGAUGCAUAAAAAAAAAAAAGAAAAAGCAGGCAGAGUUGAUAUAAGACAUGAAGAAGACAAGCAGACUGUGGUCCCUUUCUUUAUAAAUGGUGUUAUUCCAACAUGGAGUUUAGCUGCUGUCCACAUUGGCUUGUUUUCUCAGGACACACAGCGGAAUGCAACACUUAAAAAGACACCCCCACUUGUAUUCCCUCCCCUCCUUUCGUCUAACCCUCCUUGCACGAGUUCACUUGAAACAAGACCAAGUUAUGGCGCUUUAAAAAAAAAAAAAAAAAGUCCACAAGUGUGUCCUCUCUGCCUCAGUGCUCUGGCCUGUACUCUCUAUGAUCACGCCCUGCAAAUUAUACAUAUUAUAUAUAAAUAGAUACAUGAAUAUAUAUUCUAUACAAGGACAAGUCAACGCUGAAGAGAGGAAUUUGGUUUGUGUGGCGGUCUGUGUCGAUCUCUUUGAGCUUUUGGUUUUUGGAUUUUGUAGAAUUUACUGUAAAGAAGAAAACUUUUUUAUGAUUCUAUUGAGGAUUUUUUUUUGUCUUUCUCUUAUCCCCCCCCCCCCCCCCCCCAACUCUAUGCCAAAACUGUUGAGUACUGAAAGUCCAUUCACUUUUUUUUUUCUUUCCACUUUACAUGACAGGAUGUUUUAUUGCUAUUUAAUACCCCCCUUCACUCCCCCGCCCCCUUUUAAAAUAAGGAUUCUGCUCGCUAUUAUAGAUGUCAUGACAUUUUUUUUAUCCGCACUAUACACCCGCUUUAAUUUGCAAAUAUUACUUUGCGUCACGCUGUACAUGUUUUACGCCAUUUCAUCAUCUUAACACCUGCAGAGUUUGUGUACAUUUGUCACUUGUAUAUUUUUCUUUCUAUCGUGGGACGUUGGUUGUGACUUUUGCUCUGUGUUCACUGGCCCAUGGAUCUUUUAGUUGACCCCCACCUCCCCCGUACUCCUUUUCUUAUUAUAUUUGGACAUUUUAUUUUGUUUCUUCUUCCUUCUUAAGCUCCCCCCCCCCGAUUCAUUUUAUCUAGAACAACCUUGCUGGUAUGUUGACAAAAGUGAGGCAUUGAGGUCAAUAGGUUCAAACAGAUUAUUGACAUGUUUUUUCUUUUUUAAAGAAAGUAUUAAAAUAUUAUUUAAAAAAAACUUUUAACAGUAGUGCAUUUGGUGCUUUAUUUUGUGUUCAUUUACUGACAAAACUGGUAAUGUAGUGGUGGGAUCCAACCAAAAGGUGGCGCCCUAGUGAAAAAUACAAGGCAUUGACAAAACGAAUUUAAAGACACGUGGCAUGUAGUAUUAUGCACUGGUCACCAGGUGUCACUGGUGUUACAUUGAUAAAUAAUAAAUUACAUUACAUUAAUAAAAUAAUAAAAACUUUAUGACUUAUUUUCUAGAUUUGUCAACUAUUUUGGGUAAUAGGAGAGAUAAUGUGAUGAUAGUGAUGUUAUUGCAUGUCCAGAGGGUUCUACUAGUAACAUAACAUAUUUAGAAGGUUGUUAUGCAGUCUCUGAAAAUGUUCCAUUCCGAGCACUCAUCACUGUCAGCUCUGGAACCAAUUAACUGCCAUAAACGAGGUAUGACUGGAGUUGACAGGGCUUUAUUUCAGAAUAUGUAGCGAAGCCUGUUCUGCCCCACUACCCCCAAAUGUCCAGAAGGAAGUACUUUUCUCCCCCUCUUCAUAAACUUAAACGGCAAGCUUCUUGAGUUAAGCCUGGGCGAUACAUCAAUACUUAUCGAUGUCUUUUAAGCACUAUAUCAAAAACAAACAUAUCGUUCAUAUUUCAAAAUGGCACCACUCAAGUGGCACUUCUGUAUUUUCCACAGCGUUUUUAUUAGUGUUUAAUCGUACUUCAUUUGUAAUUUACUAUUGUUUUGUCCCAUAACGACUCCUUAAAGGGAACCAAUUAUGCAAUUUUUUUUGUCUCCUUGUGGACUCCUAUAGAGCAACGACAUACAAUAAUCGCACAGAAAGCUUUCUAGAUCUUCCAGAUUCUGCUUCCA